AUGCAAGCCUGCACACAGCCCAAAAAACAAGGCAUCCUAAAGAUUUCUUUACUUUCCCGAAAAUUAAAAAGAGACUGCGUGGUCAAAGGUUACAGUCACCAGAAGAAGCACCAAAAGAAUAGCAAUGGAAAACGACACUGGAAUAGCUUGCCUCCACAUCUUGAAAAGUACCCUGUCUCACUAUGUAAAUCACAUCACCAAAACACAGCGAACUAUCCAGCAAAAAUUCGCAAAACACUGUUAAAUCUAAUCACGACACCAACCCUAGUUCUCACAGUGAAUGUAAACAACAAACUGACAGGCAGAGUGCGAACACUUAGAUACAGUACGGUUGUCACUUGGAAUAAGGGUUGUUUAAGUUACCAAAAAUCUCGCGUGUUCUCUAGCGCGACAAAAGGGCAGACGCGACGCUCUCGCACAACGCAAGCUCGCACACAGCUCAAACAACAAGGCAGUAUUUAA